AUGGACUCCCGUACCGAGUUCUACGCUUCCCGUUGGUCUACUCGUUCCACAAUACGCCCAGCGUCGCGCACGACCGAUACUCACACCGCUUCUCUUCUAUCGACUCCCGUUUCCAUUCCCUCCUUAAAACGCAAAAUCCCAGAAGCACCAACGAUAGAUAACAUGGCGACACCAAAAACGAGUUUGGGUGCUUCAACCUCGAGCAAGAGACGAAAGCUAUCACCUUCAAACGCAGAUAACUCCACGAAGUCGAGCGAGAUAUACUAUUCCACGCCUCCUAUAACUCCGGACCAACCAAUCUCGAUCGUGCCAACCACAACCCUCAAAGUCACCAUCCCAGAACGACAAACUACUCUGGAAGAACAACGUAAGAUCAAGCUACGCGUAGCCGCCGCUAGGCGAUGGGUUCCAAAACUGCAGAACCCCUUUCCAAAGAACAAGGAGAUCAGAGAAGCCUACCAAUACAAGCUUAUGCGGCACUAUACCGACGGACAGCCUCAAGUGCCAGUCAUCAGACCCCCAAUUGCUACAUCUCCCCGUGUCGAUGCUCUUCGAAAGCACUUCCCGCUUCUCAAAACCCCCCAAAGCACGAACAGUGACGAAAUCGCAAGAAACCAAAUGCUCCUGCAUCGCAAUAAGCAAAUCACACGAAGCCCGAUUGGUCAAAAGCUGGCAUGGGAGGCUUUUUCGUCGCGAGAACAGGACAGGAUAGAUCGCGGCCGCGAGGCUUUGAUGCGCUCGGGGCUGUGGGACGAUGACCUGGAAAAGGAGCAACGGGGUCAGGCCAACAACCUACCAGAGUGGAGGAAGGCACACACGGGUCAGUUUGCAAAGGGAAAUAAGCUAUCAUAG